CUCACUCAGCUUCUAGCCGCUACGCUACCUCACUCCUCACUCCUCAGAGCAGCAUCUUCGCCUGCUCUUGCGCCUUUUCCGCUCGCUCGCUCGCUCCCUGCCUUUGGAGGUAAGCUAAGCCUAGGUGGUAGGCGUAGUGGCGGCUAGCGGGCUACGGAGGGAGGGGGAGCCACUGCCCCAGCGAGCAAGCGUGGCGUCGUCGGGGAGGCGCUACCCAUCGGUCUCCGCGGCCUACGCGGACUGGAUCGCGUCGGCCGGCGGCGACGACCUCUCGCUCGGCUUCAAUGCCGCUGGCGCGUCCGCUGCCGGGCUCUGGGGCCACGCGUCGCGCCAGUCCCAAGCGCUCAACUACGGGAUAGCGUCUGCCGGUGAUGUCGGCAUGGUCGUGCUCACACCCACGGCAUCCUUCCACCACCAGAGGGCUGCUUCUGCGGCGGCGGCCGCGGACGGCGCCGACCCCGGGUUCGCGCUCCUCUCCGCGGAGCAGUGCGGGCUCGCCGGCCCUGGCGCUCCCAAGUCCGGCAGCGCCAUCCAGUUCUGGCAGUCGCACUCGCAACCCACCACGCCGCCGCCGGCUGCCCAAGCUGACAAGAAGCAACUCGCCUCCGCGGUGGACUACGGCGGCGGCGUCUCCUCCGGCUCCGGCGGCUCCACCACGUGCAACGAUUGCGGCAACCAGGCGAAGAAAGACUGCCCCCACCAGCGAUGCCGGACGUGCUGCAAGAGCCGCGGCUUCGACUGCACGACGCACGUCAGGAGCACCUGGAUCCCGGCCGCCAGGCGCCGCGAGAAGCAGCCGCUCGGCGGCGACCUGUCCCCUCCCGCCGCUCCUGCCACUGCAACCACCAAGAAACCCCGGCUCCACUCCUCCCAGACCACCACCACCACAACCACCUCCCGCACCUCCACCUCCAACGGCACCUCCUCGAGCCAACAAGACGCGCCGUUCAAGGACAGCCUGCCACGGCACGUGCGCGCGCCGGCGGUGUUCCGGUGCGUGCGGGUGACCUCCGUAGACGACGGCGCGGACGAGUUCGCGUACCAGGCGGCGGUGAGCAUCAACGGCCACAUGUUCAGGGGGUUUCUGUACGACCAGGGCGCCCACGACGGCCGCGCCAGCAACGACGAGCCCAGCCACGCACACGCAGCCGCGGUGCGCAGCAUCUCCGACCUCCACCUCGGCAACGCGAACGCCUCCGCGGUGCCGCCGGACAUGUACAACACCGUCAGCGGGGCGCUCAUUCUCGGCGGGUUGGGUUAUGGUAACAACAUGAACUGAAAACUAUUUUACUUCGCAGUGCUAGCUAGUAAGCCUGGUGCAAUAAUGGUAGCCAUCUUGUUACUACAUGUCACCUCAUUUCUUUCGUCUCAUCACCAGUAGUGAGUGGUACUACCCUGUCUUCCAUUUUGCUGCUGCAGCCUGCAUGCUGUGUGCCAGUGCCACAGCUAACUUCCAAGUCUUUUGAUAGUGGUAGAAGUUGGAAAGGAAAUGAAAGGAAAACCAGUCAGUAUUUCCAUGGUAAA